GCAGCGACCACCGAGCCGCCGCAAUCUUCGGUCCAGAUUGCGUCUUCCCCUCACGACUCCUCACUCCGGGGAAUUUAGACUUUGAUAUCGUCCACCAUCUACCGGUGUCCAUCCAGGUACAUCGAGUGGAGUCGAAAAGAGGGGAAAGCACGUCUUUUUGAGGGGAACAGAACCGAAGAAACCCCUCACCGCCCGUAUCUCGACUUUACAUAUAAAUACCUCCGUCCUCGUCCUCCCCGCGCGCGAAGCCCGCCAUGUGCCGCUUCCUUAUCUACUCCGGACAAUCGCCCAUCCUCCUCUCCCACCUCAUCACCUCUCCCACCCACAGCAUCCUCACCCAGUCCUACGACUCCCGCCUCCGCAUCGACCACACCCGGCCGCAUAAUGGCGACGGCUUCGGCGUGGGUUACUACACCACCACAGGCGUCCUCCCCACUCGUCGACGUUCCAGUCUAAGCAAUGGCACGACCGACAUCUUCACCGAGAGGCCCGCAGCCUCGCGUCAAGCUCUCCUCGACUUGGGUCCCGAACCGUGCAUCUUCACCUCUACCAUCCCCGCCUGGAACUGUCGCAACCUCGAACGUCUCGCCAGCAAGACUGUCAGUCCGCUCAUCUUCGCACAUGUCCGGGCCAGCACGGAGGGCGCUUUGAGUGACAGCAACUGCCACCCAUUCGCACGCGGAGCGUUGAUGUGGAUGCACAAUGGCGGUAUUGGAGGUUGGAAACUGGGCGUCAAGAGGAAGUUGGUAUCGGAUGUGAACGACCGAUGGUUUGAAUGCGUGCAGGGCGCGACGGACAGCGAGUGGGCGUUUGCUCUGUUCUUGGACUCAUUGGAGAAGGCGGGCGUGGAUGCUGACGAUGCGGUGAAGCAGAGGGAUGGAUUCGGGCAUACCGUGUUGAGGAAGGCGAUGUUGAAGACGAUUGAGAGGAUCAAUGGAUAUAUUAGGUCGUUGCCGGCGAGCGUGAGGGAGGAAGGGGAUGUGAGGAGCUUGCUGAACUUUGCGAUUACGGAUGGCAAGAGCGUGGUGUGCACAAGAUAUGUGUCGUCGAAGACGGACGAGGCGGCGAGUCUGUUCUUUUCCUCUGGCACGAACUGGGCAGAGCAGCCAUCUGCAACACCACAGACCGGGCGAGGAAAGAUUGGCAAGGGCGAAUACAAGAUGGAGCGGAGGGAUAAAGGCGCGGACAUUGUGCUCGUGGCCUCGGAGCCGCUGACAUUCGAGCGGGAUAACUGGGUCACGGUUCCGACGAACAGUGUGCUCACGAUUCACAAUCAGAAUGUGCUCAUUCACCCGAUCCUGGACGAGUACUACAAUGCUUCGGCAAGCUUUGUGCGGAGCGAUCAGUUCGCAGCUGCGAAGGGCCAGGCUGCGGGUGAUGGCAUGCCGGACGUGAAGAGCACGAGUGCGGCGAUUGUGGAUGGAAUGCAGCCUGCGAGUGCUGUGGUUGGUGCAGCUUGA